ACACAACCGUUGGAUCAGUUCCGGUGAUCAUCACGUGAUCAACAGCACUGACCGAUGACUCGGACAAAGUCGACGCCCGUAGCGAAGAGGCCGGAGCCGAGCGGCGGCCACAGCGACGACAACCGCAUCGGCGAUGAAGACAACGACGAUAUCAGUCUCAUCGACGACAGCGACAUCGUUACCAUCGAUGACGGAUCCGAUUGCGAACUCAUACCAUCGCUGCCAUCGCUGAUGAGUAGUAGUAGUAGUAGUAGUGGUCGUCGUUGUCGGCCGUCGGCGAAGAAGCGCCGAAAGAGCCGCAAAAGUGACCGCAAAUACGAUUUCGUUGUGCGACAAGAGUUUGAGCGCUUCCUGACGGACGCCAACUUCUUCCUCACCAUUCAUUAUCGGCCGCGAACCAAUGAAGACAGUCUUGUCGACGACCCGAUGCCCUCCACUACCACCACAACCAUUACCGUUGUGGACGUCGAGGACACCACUCACUGCCGUUUGGGUUCAUUCAGUAUUGAAGUGUUGCCCGAAGACAUCACAUCCGUUGGUGACAGUGACAGCACCGAUGGU